AGCACACCAUGGUAACCGUGCGACGCUCCGCUAAGCUGAAACAUGGCGCGGUGUUUGGUACUAGACUAGCCAGCUGGCUAACGUAAAUAGCAUGUUUAUAAGCUACGUUUCGCUCUCUUUUACUUCCCGAGGGAUCAUCUGUGUGUGUGUGUUGUCGGCGAGCGGUUAACCCCGCCAGGACUCCGGGCGCAUCCGCUCAGCUAUACUAACGCACCACAUAUGCUAGCCUGAACGUUAGCUUGACUGAGUUAGCCAGCUAGCCGGCUGACUGGAUGGUACGUGACACCGGACGCUGCUUCUCCGGCUCCCCAUGGCGUUCUAUGACGUCUAUUCCCACCCGGCUUUGAUUCGGUACAAAACGAGUGUUUGUACGAAAGCCACCCUGUUCGUGUUUGUAGUUCUGUGCCUCACCUACAUCUCCCCUCUGCUCGUUGCCUACAGGAGCCACGGUUUCUGGAUCAAAAGGAGCACCUACGAGGAACAGCCGGUCGUGAGGUUCCAGUACCAGACUCUGCUGGUGGCAGCAACCAGUACUCAGGGAGACCACGUCGCUUGGAGCACCUUCCCCCAUCUCAACAACAUGCUGGGGGCCAACCUCCGGAUCCCUUCUGUCUCUGUAAGAGAAGACGACCAGAACCAAGAUGGGAAGGCGGAUCUCCUGGUUUUUCAACUGCAGCUGCCCCUAAAACCGGAGGAACAGGUGUACAGUGUCCAGCUGCUGCUCACCUUCAGCUACAAGCUCCUUCGGAUGUCCACAGUGGUGAUGCAGAGCCUGGCUUACGUGCAGCACUCCUCUCCCGUCCCUGGAGCGAAGCUGUCGGUCAGCGGGGACCUGAGGCUGGUGCAAAGGACACCCCUGCCCCACCGGGGACUCUACGACCUUUACAAUGUGUCAGUGAUCGAUGGCUCCAGCCCCUUUGCAAGUGCGUACGACCUUGGCAACAUCGUUCGGAGCUACCAGGAAAGAAACCUGACCACAGUGCUGUCCUGUCCCAUGCCAGUGUGGACUGUGGGGCGCGCUGCUGGCUCUCCCUUUCAGCUCAACGCUGAGAUCCGGUACCCAAUGGAGGUCAUUAGAUAUCCUUUAAUAAAUGCAAAAGGGUGUUAUUCUUUGACAUCCCUGCUAUCACAUAACUACACUUUACUUUAACCCCCAUUUAACGCUUACUACAAGUAAUAUGUGCAUGUUAUGUAUUGUUUAUAACUCACUAUACUGUAAAUGUGCAAAAUCUGCUCUAAAGCAAAGUGACAGUGUUGCAAAUUCUAAUGUUCAAGGUGGGAGAUGUACUUGAGAGACAACGGUGCAGACCCCCAACAUACUGUAUACACACGGCACUACGGAUAAGAUUCAAGGGCCACACAUCCAGUCUUCUGACAGCCUCCUCAGUCCGGUCGGAAGACAGGAUAUUUUGCUGAGAAAUCUAUAAGAAUGAUUAAUUAAGACACAUAUCUGCAUACAACUACAUUAAAUUGGGUUUUAAAGCAUGCAUUACAGGUUUAUAUAUAUAUACUUACACUAUAUUAUUUAUUCUGCUUAUAAAUGCUUAAUAUAGGCAACAAGUAAGGGAGGUGUGGCACAAUCUAUAAUGGUCGCGAUAUUCUUUAUACACAUAUGUAUGUAUUUAUUUAUAGACAAUAUUUAGAUUAACCUGAUGAUAUUUUCAUAUUCUUCUUACAUGCCCGUCCUGUAGGACACAGGUGAGGUGAGGCUCAGCAGGUUUUACUACUGAAAGUGUUGAUUUGAAGUGUAAAAGUUGAACGCUGAAAGCCAAAGUUUAAGCGCGUUGAAUCGCCUAAAAGUAGUUGAACUAACUCUUGAAAGGUAAGCAGUCGAACUGUGAAACCACAGACUGUAUAUACAGAUGGAAGACGCACAUGCUCAAAUUAUUGCCAUAUUGGAAUGUGUGAGCUCGUCACAUCUGUUAAUACACAGCAUUAUCUUUAUCUUUUAGGCUCACUCACGACCGCCGCUCAUAUGGUGGUUGCAGCUGACAAUGCCGUCGCCAAGUAAGCAUAGCGCCCACUCUCCCUCAACACGGUUAGCUUUGUCAGCACUGUUACCAUUGUUAGCGCCGUUAGCAUGUAGCCUUCCGGCUCUACCAUCGUCAUGUUGAGAAACGGCAGUCAUGGGCAAAUGUGGGAUGCUCCGAGUGUGACUGGAUGGUAGUAUUGCAUUACUAUUCUAACGCUAUACAAGUACAACAAGUCCAUUUACCAUUACAUUUAAUGAUAAGAAUACAAUACUCAAGCUGUGGUCGGCUACAUCAAAACAUUCCCCACCAGUAUUUGUGUGUUUUAUUGAAGCGGCUGACCUAACCAGAAGAUCUACAUCACUCCAGUGCAUGUUAUAUAGUCAGGGUAGCAUAUGUCUGUCUCUGUGUGUGUGCACAAUAUAAAACAGCACAUGAACUUUGUCCUUUCAGGACUUGUUUCUGGACAGAGAGUUCUCUAAAUAUUUUAUAGCACCUUGCACCAGACAUUUGUUUAUUGUUGGAGAUUUAUUUAUCCUUCCGAAAUAAUAUAUUCGUCUUUUGGUACAAAAAAGGGGCUGCACGGUGGUGUAGUGGCUAGCACUGUCGCCUCACA